AUGAUAAUUAAGGUCAACUCGGCUCAAACUUUGGAGAAUGAAGACUCCAAGCAGGUUCAAAAUGGAAGUGAAAGCAAAGAUGAAAAAAGUGUAAGAAUAUACGCCGACGGAAUAUACGACCUCCUGCACUUAGGCCACAUGCGGCAAUUGAAGCAAGCGAAGCAAAUGGAAAAGGAAGUAACGCUCAUCGUGGGGGUCUGCAGUGAUAUAGACACGAGGAAGUUUAAAGGCCAAAUUGUGCAAACGUUAGAAGAGAGGACGGAAACGUUGAAGCACAUUCGGUGGGUGGACGAAAUAAUUUCCCCGUGCCCUUGGGUGAUCACCCCCGAGUUUAUGGAGGAGCACAAAAUUGACUUUGUCGCGCAUGAUGAUAUUCCCUACGCGAAUAAUCAAAAGAAGAAGAAGAAAAAAAAAAGCAAAUCGAACAGUAUAGAAGAGCCUAAUGAUGUGUAUGCGUGGUUAAAGCGGGCAGGGAAAUUCAAAGCCACGCAGAGGACAGAAGGGGUGUCCACCACGGACUUGAUUGUGAGGAUUUUAAAAAAUUACGAAGAUUAUAUUGAGCGGUCUUUACAAAGAGGUAUCCACCCGAACGAGCUCAACAUAGGCGUUACAAAAGCGCAAUCAAUUAAGAUGAAAAAGAACCUAAUUAGGUGGGGAGAAAAAGUCACAGACGAGUUGACGAAAGUUACCCUGACUGAUAAACCGCUCGGCACCGACUUCGACCAAGGAAUUGACAUAAUAAGAGACAAGGUGCACGGACUAUUCAAACUGUGGAGACAGCAUUCGAAAAAGCUCCUAAAAGAUUUUGCAAAAUCAUUUGAUCCCAUGUUUAUAAUUAUCCGGAAAAAAAGUAAAAAGGACAACCUCUCGGGGAUGUACCUAUCCGACUCUAACUUCUUCCUGAGGACUGUAAAAGAGGAUUUAAAAAUAAGAAAAAGCCUAAGUAACACCAUUAACAAUAUUGAUGAGUAUUAUUAUUCGGCCGAUGAGGAUGAUGACAGCAGCAGGGUCACCAACGUGUUUGGUGUAAUCAGUAGAGUGGCCAAUGAGUCUUAUAACAACGAUAUGGAUAAUUACGAAACGUGUUUUGAGUUGGAGGCCUGUUUGAAGGAGCGGCGCAGGUGGGGAGGUCUCACCGGGAGCAAUGUCAGAAGUAAGCACACCCAUGGUGAGAGUGCCAAGUUGGGCCCAGAUGAACUGCUAUCACUUUCGAGUGAAGCCAAUAGGAAGAACGACCCUCAGGCAAACCUCCCCAAUGGGAACCCAAAUGAGCAGUCAAUAAACGUAAGUAGUGCAAGCCGAAAGAGCGAUUACGAUUUGUACAAUAAGACGACCUACCACGAUAUAAUUGAUGAAGGGGAUUUCCCCUUAGGGGCAAUAACCAACAAGGGGGUGGUGGAAAAAAAUUCCAAUGAAAUGAGCUCUUGCAGGGAACAUAAAAGUAACAGCUACGAUAAGGACGAAUACAACAGCUGCUCAGAUCAUCACUCUGGAGAUAGCAAGUGUAGUCUCAUGAAAAUAAAAAGGAGGAAUAACUCCAGUAAUAAUAAAUUAUCAAAUGAGGGCAAAAUGGAAGACUCUGCAGAGGAGAGCCAUUUUAGCUGCAGCGAAGGAGGCACUAGCCGAAGUAACAGCAGUAGUUAUAGCAGCGCCAGUGGGGGCACGGGCCACACGCCUGCGAGUAGUGACGCGUCGGAGUGCCCCAAGAGGAAGGGCAAGCAGAGCCACGUUCCCGGGCAGGGCCACCGCCAAGGCGACGGUGUGCAGGGGGUGAACCAAUCGGGGGAAGGGAAGGAAUCGGAGGAAGCUAACAACGCGAGGGGAAAGAAAAAAAUCGUAAUUUACGCAGACGGAGUGUACGACAUGCUGCACCUGGGGCACAUGAAGCAGCUGGAGCAAGCGAAGAAGAUGUUCGAAAACACCACCCUCAUAGUAGGUGUGACUAGCGACAAUGAGACGAAGCUUUUCAAAGGGCAAAUCGUGCAAACGUUGGAAGAGAGAACCGAAACGUUGAGGCACGUCAGGUGGGUUGAUGAAAUUGUAUCUCCUUGCCCCUGGGUCAUAACCCCCGAAUUUGUGGAUAAGUACAAAAUUGACUUUGUCGCGCAUGAUGAUAUUCCAUACGCGAAUAAUCAGAAGAAGAAGAAAAAAAAAAAAAACAAAUCGAACAGUAUAGAAGAGCCUAGUGAUGAUAUAUACGCCUGGCUGAAGAGGGCCGGGAAGUUCAGAGCUACGCAGCGGACGGAGGGGGUCUCCACCACGGAUUUGAUCGUCAGGAUUUUAAAAAAUUACGAAGAUUAUAUUGAGCGGUCGUUGCAGAGGGGCAUUCACCCGAACGAGCUCAACAUAGGCGUCACAAAAGCGCAGUCAAUUAAAAUGAAAAAGAAUCUAAUCAGGUGGGGAGAAAAAGUCACAGACGAGUUGACCAAGGUUACCCUCACUGAUAAACCGCUCGGCACCGACUUCGACCAGGGAAUUGAAAACCUCCAAAUAAAAUUUAAAGAAUUAUUUAAAAUAUGGAAAAACGCUUCUAACAAAUUAAUCAACGAUUUUACAAGCAAACUUGACACAACGUCCUAUUUGUCUUCGCUCCAAAACUUCGUCGACAAUGAGUACGAGCUGUACGACUCUGCUAGCAGCGUCUUCGAUGAAGAAACCAACAGUUGA